UUUUCUCUCUCAGUGACAUGGAUAGAUAAUUAACCUACCUGAUGUAAUUUGUCCCAGCAGCUUCAGUUCAUUUAAAGCAGGUAGGUGCUAUUACAAUCUCUUCAGUUCUCUUUUCAAUGCCCAUUCUAAUUCAUUAAGAUUAAUGAAUUUAAUUGUUCGAUCAAGUGCUGAUUAACUGCUAGCCAUUAUACUGGAUAUAAUAUACCAGGAUCAAUAAGUUGCUGUCUCUGCCUUCAAACCACUCACCAUUCUUUACUGAGCAACUGUUAUGUGCCCAGAGUGGGCUAGGCUUUAGGGAUACAAAGAUGAAUAAGCCUUAUACACACAGCCUAGUGGGAGGAGACAAAUACAAGGAAAUACUGAGUGGGGGCUCUAGCAGAAAAGUACUAUAUACAGAGAGGCAAGAGGGAGAAGGGUCAAGAACGAAAGGGAUUGCAGAAAAAGUGAUAAUCUGUCUUGUAAAAGAAGAGGAUUUGCCAGGUAGGAGGGGGAAAGGGUCCCAGAAGGAAGCAGAGCCUUGUUCCAGGAAGAAGUGCAAAUAGGAUAUAACCAGAAAACAGGGCCUAAGUCCUGCCAGCAUUGAGGCUGGACAGCCGGCAGGAGCAAGGACUGGGGUUGGGGGUGAGGGGGUCCUCAAUAUACUGUGCUUAGUAGUUUAUCUUCUAAGCAGUGGGAAGCAAGAUGAUGAGAUCUGUGUUUGAGAAAGAUCACUCUGGAAGCACCCUAGAGAAUGAACUGGUAGGGGAAGGACUAUUUGGAGAUGUGCAAUAGUAUCUCUGGCAGAAUUUGAGUAAAGCUAGGACUAGAACAAUGGAGGCUGGAGAGUAAGACAUCCGAGAAAUUUUAAGGAGAUAGAAUCUGCUGCACUGGGUUGCCAUUUUAGUGAGAAGAAAGAGAGGGGAGGGGAAAAGAAUGUUUCCUGGGUGUCUGGUCAAGACACUAACUCGAGGUGACACCUACUACAGCAGAUAGGUGUAUAGAGCUACCAAGGGGUGCUUAAGUAUAAACGGCCCGUGGCUGGUGGGAGGGAACAUGUGAGUUGAGAAAUUAUCCAGUCUGAAUCACUCUCCUAAAGAGAAGAGGGGGGAAAAAAGCGGAGCCGAGGGAUUAGAGGCUUUCUUCUUUGUCAUUUACUAGCAUUGCGCCCUUGGCUCAUCCCCAAGGCUUCUGCCUAAAUUUCCGCGGCCUCUCUCCGACCCGGCCCAACACUCGGGGCGGCGCCGCUGGGCCAGCAGAGGGCGCCAGGCGGACUGCGGCCCAGGAUCCGCGUUAUGGCCGCCUCCAGGGUGCUGUUGCUCCUGUCCGGGCGCCCCAUGUCGCCGAGCUUCGCGCAGAGUGUGUGUCGCCUCCUGGGCGCCGGGCCAGGGCUCGGGCCGUGGCCCACGCACUGCGGCUUUAAGCGAGGACGACUCGUCCUCUCGGACCGGCCAUUCCCAGGUGCUUCGACCACACUUCCGCUCCAGGUCGGGAGAAAGGGGAGCGGGAUGGGGGGCAGGAGUGGGGUCGGGGGUGGGGUGUGGAACUGGCGCCGGAGGCCAGGCUCAGUCAGACUCGACCUCCUCCCCCAUCGCGCGGUGUUGCCCGAUUUUUGCCCGGCUUCUGAAGCCUUAAACCAAACGGCUACCAACCCCCCGCACCCCCGCCAGCGACCCCCUUUCUGCCCUUUUGUGGCACUGGACCAGCAGCAGCUCAGGGCUCGGGGGACUGAGCUGCCCACGAAUCGAGGUGUGGAUCUGGGUGUGGCCGUCAUUCUGCAGUCCAGCGACCAGACUGUCUUGUUAACCCGAAGGACAAGCACCCUCAGCCUUUCUCCCAAUCUCUGGGUACCCCCAGGUGGGCACGUGGAACUUGAUGAAGAGCUGUUGGACGGAGGGCUCCGAGAGCUUUGGGAGGAGAGUGGAUUGCAGCUGCCCCAGGACCAGGUCUCUUGGGGUCCUCUGGGGUUAUGGGAGUCUGCCUACCCUCCGAGGCUGAGUUGGGGUCUCCCCAAAUACCAUCACAUCAUUCUCUAUCUUCUCGUGGUCUCCCAGGAGUCACAGCAGCAGCUGCAGGCCCGGAUCCAACCAAACCCAAAUGAGGUGAGCGCCUUUAUGUGGCUGGGACCAGAUGUAGCAGCUGCAGUGGCCACCAUGGAGGAUGGUACAGAGACAUCCAGGCAUCUCCCCCAGGAGCUACCACCUUCCAUCCCUAUAGUAGAACUAAAGGAGGAUGGAGGAGCUCGACCCCUGGCCUUGCCUGUGUCCACGCUGCUGCGGACAACCCCAACCACAGCUGAAGGAAAAGAGAGGGUCAGCUCUGGGACGAAGUUUGCCCUCAGGCUCUGGCUGCAACAUCUGGGCAGGUAA